UAUAGAGGCCUGCGCUUACACAAACUCCGGUUGUUUUAUAGGGAUGACAUCCUGCAAAAUAUAUAUUAAAAUGACUGACAUUCCCAUACUACUAUGCACUAAAUUGUAAUCUAUGACCACAUCUCCAGAAUUACGUUCUAUCUAGUCAGAUGUCAGAAUAUAAGCAAAAUAAGCCCGGAUGGGGCAAGGGUGGGUGACUAACAUUGUAAUAACAGGUGUUAUACGGGCUAUGUUUCUCAGCGAGGGUAUUGCAACAAAAUGCAAUGGUGUACUGUAUUGUGCUCACGCAUCUUGGGCUACCAGCCCUCCAAUUGACCGGAAUGAUUAAGUACCCACAAUCGAUUACAGGUGUGGGAAGUCCAUCAUCCAGCAGUGGAUUAACCAUGACGACGUUUUGUAUCUCCUCCCACGCAUAAGCAUGGACUAAUUAACAUUUAUUUCAAGACGAGCCUGUUCAUUGGGCGUCGCCGACUCGUCUCAGCCAAUCAGUAUCGUCGCCCAGCUCGGCCUGUGCGCUUCUCAUCCAAUCAGCACGCGCCGACUCUACAUCUCAUCAGGGCGGACUCCGUACGGCCAGCAAGAUUUGCCGCUUGCCUGCACGAUAGGGCACAGCGUGGUAUGGGUCAAGGGCAUGGAGAAGUACACUAUCCUUAAGAAGAUUGGCGAGGGCUCCUAUGGAAAGGCUUUGCUGGCAAGGAUUAAAGAGAGCGGCCAACAGUGUGUUAUCAAAGAGAUCAACCUCACUAAGAUGAGGGCUAAGGAUCGAGAAAGCUCACAAAAGGAAGUUGUACUUUUAUCCAAAAUGAGGCAUCCAAACGUUGUCACCUUUAUGGAAUCUUUUCAAGAUCAUAUAAAACUGUGCAUUGUGAUGGAGUAUUGCGAGGGAGGGGAUCUGCUGCAAAGGAUCAGCAGCCAGCGUGGGGUCCUCUUUUCAGAAGACCAGGUAUUGAACUGGUUUGUUCAAAUAUGCUUGGCUGUUAAACAUAUUCAUGAUCGUAAAGUGCUCCACAGAGACAUAAAAGCACAGAAUAUCUUCCUUACCAACAACAAUUCAUCCAUCAAGCUUGGGGACUUUGGAAUCGCCCGGAUUCUCACUAACACAAUGGAGCUGGCACGCACGUGCAUAGGUACCCCUUACUACCUCUCGCCAGAAAUCUGUGAAAACUGCCCCUACAACAAUAAAAGUGACAUCUGGUCUCUGGGCUGUGUUCUAUAUGAACUGUGCACCCUGAACCACCCUUUUGAGGGCAACAGUCUCCGCCACCUGGUGAUGAAAAUUUGCCAGGGCUCCUACAAACCCUUAUCAUCCCGAUACUCCUAUGAUAUCCGCAGCGUGCUGGCCCAGAUGCUCAAGACAAACCCUCGGAACAGACCCUCAAUCAACACCAUAUUGUGCAAAUGCUUCCUUUCCAGCCGUAUCCAGAAGUUUCUUGGACCAGAGCUAUACAAUGAAGAGUUCAGUCACACUGUGAUACACAGCAAGAAGGCUGUGUCUGGGCAACGAUCAAAGUUGGCACAACAAGCAGGAAAAGCUCCUCGUGCCAAUCCUUCAGUGGCCCAGGUGCACAGGAAGGUGGUAGCAGACAGAGCGGUGUCCCCUGCUGUGAGGAAGCAGAGGCCACCGUGGUCUCAUGCUGUCAUCAACCCUCCCUUGCCUCCCUCUGCUCAAGCAAAGCGAAAUGUAUUGGCCGCCCAGGCGAUGGAAGCCCGAUGCAUGGGUAUCGAUGCCAAACCAUUUAUUGAGAGGGUGGACUCUCCGCCGACGGAUGGCCAACGGGCCAAAUAUGCCUACUACCAUGCACAGCUGGAUCUCCUGCAGCAGCGUCCCCCGUGCUUUGAGUCGGGCCCACGAGAGCAAGACCCUCCUGGACGGGCGCACGAGAGACUGCAAAUGAAACUGGCUGAUUUCUGCCAGGAGGAGUAUCUUUUGCGGAAACAGGAGGCCUGCCGGAACAAGCUGAGAGUGGAAAAACAGCUGGGCAUUCGACCGGCAUCAGGCGAAGGCGACCGCUGGCGACUCGUGCCAGCUGGCAUGGGACCAGGUGGGAAGGUCCAAGAGAGGGGGAAUCCCUGGGCAUCUCGCAAUCGUGACAAGCAAGAGAUUCCUGUUCAUGAGAACCACUGUGUAAAGAAGGCCCCACCUGCAGCACCACCUGCUGACGCAACCAAGAACCUCAACUAUGAGAAGGAUCCCAUAGCAAGGGAAGACUAUCGGAAAAUCUUGCUGCAGAACAGGAAUGAGAGAAGAGCCAACAAGGAGAAGUGUAAAGGAAUGAAGUUAGCAUUUGAGAUUCCGCUGCACAGGGAUUUAAAUGAGGGAGAGCUCAAUCACGUAACCCCAGAGGAGGUGACGGAGCUGAAUAGCGCCCUGACCUUCCAGGAGGGGGCAAAGCUGCAGUUCAGGAAGUGGUCCUUUCAGGAUGACGGCUGUGUGCUGAACGUUUUGUCCAAAGGGCAGCUUGAAGAGACCGCAUCCAAGAUGGAAGCCACGUGCCCCGAUGUGGAUGUGGUGGAGGUGUGGCCUCAGGAUGCUGGACAUCGAGGCCAGUGGAAGGGUCCCUCCCAGACAAUCAUGCAGGUGCUGAGCAAGGCAGCCCUGAGCACCAUCUGCCCUUCGAUAUCAGAGAAAGAGGAUGAAGAAGAUAUCCAGCCAUCAUCAGCCAACUCGGGGACUGAUGGAGCAGAGAAACUGGAAGAGGGAGAUGAUGAAAUGAAAGAGGAUGGAAGAUCAGAUGAUGAGGACACAAAUUUUGGAGACUCGGAUGAUGAAGCAAUGCAGGACCUGAAGGAGUCUUUCCAGAAGUUCCUAGAAAACGAUUUUGAAGAGGGGUCAGAGGGUAAAGAAAAUGGCAAGGGAGACCCAGACAAAGAGCAGAAUGGCCAGAACAUAGCAGGAUCUCCUGCAUCUGAAACAAAAAACAGAAGCUCCCCAGAGUCUGGGAAAAUAGAGAUGUCUAAUGAGCGUGAGGAAUGUGAUGAAGAUGGAAUUAAAAACUGCUAAGACUACUCAGAAAUCCAUGUGGAGAAUAUAUAGUUCGUUAGUUUCUCUUUAUAUUUUUGUACGAAUAACAGUUAUUUAGAGACAUGCAUAGAAAAUGGUAACUUCAUGUUUUUGGCUAAUUGAUUCCACAUUAUUUCCCUUGCCUUCCUGUACAAAAGAAAACUGCUGAUACCACUUAAGCCAGGUUUCUACAAAUGUAUGUGUAAUGAUUCAGAAUGUGAAGAAACUCCAAAUCUAUACAGCAGUCGUCAUUAAUAAAGGCCCUCCUAUAAUGAGAGUGCAUUACAGGCUAUUGAAUUCCAAGGCACGCUCUGCCUCUGGCCAUAGCUAUCACUCUUUUAAGUAAUAGGCUUUUGUACCCAAAUAUUGUAUUAUCAAAUUGACAAAAUGUGUUUUCCAUGAAAAUCCAAUAAACCUAUUAGUAGUAGAAAAGUAUAUUCCCAUAAGUGGAUUUCCUGCCUUGAUUGCUUUUUAGGUGCUGUAUAUGCACACAUAUGUACAAAGCGCAUAUGUUUGUAUAUGCUUGCUGCAUCUUGUGUAUGUGUAUUCUAUCUUACAAUUGUGAAAACCUGCAGUAUAUCGGAGCAUGCUUGUGACAUUACAGAACGGUUUUGUCCAUGAUGCAUUGGUACAUCUAAAGUAUUGCUUAAUUCCCUAGCCAUAAUGCAGGCAAUAGUUCUGUGCAAAAUGAAAUAUAUUUGGAAUAUAAUGGUGAAUGUAGUUUCAUUGACAGUGAUUCUAUAGAUCAUAACAUGUUUUAUCAGUGGAUUUAUUACAAAUUAUGAUAAGCCUUAAUUUAACGUUCAAGUCUAAUUUCUUAACUUUGGAAGAGGCCUCGUGAUUAAUUUAGAUGUUAUACUCACCAGUACCUGUAUUUAGAAUGCUGAUUAAACAUGAGAAUAUUGUUCUCUUAAAACACUACAAACAACGUCCAAAUUGUCUGUUUAUGUUGUGUUGACUUUUCAUCGUUAGCAAUUGUUAUGGUCAUCUAUACAUCAUUGGGGGGUUUAGUGGCUGCACUUGGUUAGCACACUGUGCUAUGAACCAGGCAACCUGAGUUCGAUUCCCACCCAUAACUAACAUCAGUGGUGGGUGAUGUCAGCACCAUUCCCAGCCACCCUCAUUCACCCUCCCACACUGAGCAGUGUGAUAAUAUAUUGUUAAACAACCCCUAAAUUACAUGAUCUAGGGAGGCCUUCAUCCAAAAGUGGAUUGGCAAUGGGGUGUAAAUGAUUUAUUUUACAAUUACACCAUAAAGAGCUACUCAAAAUAUCAGUCAUUUACUCAACUGGAAAUAGCUCGCGAAAAUAUGUACACAGGCACAAUUGUAAAAUAAAUCUGGAUAUGAAUGCAGCAUUGCAAUUUUUAAAACCUGAGCUAUGAGAGAUUGCAAUGUUUUGAGCUUCCUGCCAAAAUAUUAAGUAUAAAACUCGCAAAAACUAUGGAUAUCAAAUGCCGAGUAUACAUACGAUUGAAAAUUACAUUGAUACCAAUAUUUACUUUCAAGUGCAAUUGAUGCUGUAUAUCAAAUAAAUAUAUUUGCUGCACCUGUG